AUGCUUUCUUCACUGUCUAUAACCUCUCCGUCUCACCCCCUCCCCGCAGCUUCUACUACAGCUUAUCAGAACCCUAAGACCACCUUCUCAAAAUCCAACCAACUGCAAACCACUUUCCAUCUUCUUCAACAGUGCAACAACCUUGCAGAACUCAAACAACUUCAUACCUGUAUCAUUAAAACCGGUUUCUCUCAAGGCCACCAAGCCCAAAACCGCCUGCUCUCUGCUUGUCUGGGAAACCGCUGUUCUGAAUCACUGGAUUACGCUCUCCUCCUCUUCGCACAAUCAUCAAACCCGACCGUGUUCAUACGUAACAACGUUAUUAAACACUUGGCUGAAACUAAUACUCCUGAAAAAGCAUUUCGUUUCUAUUCCUUCACACAUUUAGAUGGUUUUCCUUCAAAUAAUUACACCUUUCCGUUAUUAUUCAAAGUCUGUUCUCGGCUUCAUGGAAUUGAAGAAGGUGAACAGAUUCAUGCCCAUGUCAUCAAAACUGGGUUUGAAUCCGAUAUUCAUGUUAAGAAUGCUUUGAUUCAUUUCUACUGCACCUGUGGCGUCUUUGAUGAUGCGAGGGCUGUGUUUGAUAAAAUGUCCGAAAGAGAUACCGUGACUUGGAAUUCGAUAAUUACUGGUUAUACGCAGAAUGGGUUUUCAGGGGAAGCUCUGAAUUUGUUUAGGGAUAUGCAGGUUCAUGGAUCAGAACCUGAUGAGGUAACAAUGGUUAGUGUUCUCUCUGCAUGUGCUCAUGCUGGUGCACUUGAAUUAGGGAAGUGGGUUCAUGCAUAUCUUGAGAAAAACAAUUUAGACGGUAAAAUUAGUGUAAAAACAGCUCUUGUAGAUAUGUACUCUAAAUGUGGGUUAAUAGAGAGAGCAUUGGAAGUCUUUGAGGAGAUACCUAAUAGGAAUGUUGUCUGUUGGACAGCCAUGAUCAAUGGCUUAGCCAUUAAUGGCCUGGGGAAGAAAGCUGUUAGUCUGUUUCAUCUUAUGGUGAAGUCAAAGGUUAAGCCCGAUGAAAUUACCCUUGUCUCAGUCUUCUCUGCUUGCAGUCACAGUGGUCUGUUAGAAGAAGGUAAAAAGCUUUUUGCUGAUCUGAGAAAACGAUACAGGAUCAAAGCUCGGGUGGAGCACUAUGGGUGCAUGGUUGACCUUCUGGGUCGACAUGGGCAUGUGGAUGAAGCUUAUGAUUUGAUCAUGAAGAUGCCGUUUGCACCAAAUGCCGUUAUAUGGAGAACCCUCUUGGGAGCUUGUAAUUUAUAUAAAAGGGUGGAUUUGGGAGAGUUGGUUUUAAAGAAGAUCCUUGAACUGGAACCUCAUUACCAUGGAGAUUUUGUGCUUCUAUCGAAUAUUUAUGCAGCAAAUGGAAAAUGGGAGGAAGCAGUAAAUAUAAGGAAGAUGAUGAAGAAAAAUAAAAUAUCAAAGAUACCAGGGUGCAGUACCAUCGAAAUUGAAAACAGAAUCUAUUCGUUUGUUGUGGAAGAUAAAUCUCAUCGGCAUUCAAAGGAGAUAUACAGGAUGUUGGAUCAAAUUGCUGAAAAAAUAAAACUGGCAGGCUAUGUUCCUGAUACUUCAAAAGUAUUAAUCAACAUGGAGGAGGAAGAGGAUAAAGCAAAUUCACUACUUCAUCAUAGUGAGAAGGUUGCAGUAGCUUUUGGACUUAUUAAGACUGCCCCAGGAAUGCCACUACGGGUAGUGAAAAAUCUUCGUGUCUGUGAUGAUUGUCAUUGUGCCAUGAAGCUUAUCUCAAAGAUCUAUGAACGGGAUAUCAUUCUAAGAGAUCGCAAUCGGUUCCAUCAUUUUAAGGGCGGCCUUUGUUCUUGUGGAGAUUAUUGGUAA